UGGGCACAGGUGGGUGGCACUGGUGGGCACAGGUGGGUGGCGUGGGUGGGCACAGGUGGGUGGCACUGCUGGGCACAGGUAGGUGGCACUUCUGGGCACAGGUGUGUGACACUGCAGAGUGGCACAGGUGGGUGCACUGCUGGGCACAGGUGGGUGCACUGCUGGGCACAGGUGGGCGGAACUUGUGGGUGGCACUGCUGGGCACCGAUCAUCAGGGCACUGAUCAUCAGUUGCCCUGAUGAUCGGUGCCGAUCUUCUCUCUGACAACUGCCGGUUCUCGGCAGUACUUUCCUCACAAUCUGACAGCGUGAGGAAAGUGCAGCCGAGAACCGGCACUUGCAU